UGAGGGUGGUGACAGUCAAGUCAAAAAUUUUGACAAAUUUGGCGUUGUGUUUAUUUAAAUUUUUAUUUCGCUUUACAGCCAAUCUUCUUAGCUAUCGAAUGAUACCAAAAUUAUUUUUUAAAGUUUAUCCGAUCGAAAGUUACAUCAAUUUAAGUGGACAUACCCCCCAAAAAAUAACGGUAUUUGUUAAUCAAUUCAAAAAAGUUACAAAAUUGGCGUUGUGUUUAUUUAAAUUUUUAUUUGAAAAUUAGUCCAAUACUUAAUAGGGAAAUGAAUGCAGAUCAUUCUAAUCACUCACAAAAUAAAGAAAAAGAGGGGGGAGAGAAUGACGGGAACAACAACAAAACUGAAGAGAGCGGCAGACAAUCAAUUUCUGUUGCUUUACCAGUUAGACGAGUAAAACAAGGCAAAAUAGGGAAAGAUUCAAUCAUUGUUUUGGAUGAGAAUGACAAUACUAUUAGCUAUGAUCCAAUGUUGGACACGUCAAAAAUGCUUUGUGGAUGUUCUAAAAAAGAGAAAAAGACUGUCAGUUUAUUCGAAUUGCUAGAAAUUAGACAAGGCUAUCGAACUGAUAAUUGGCAUAGAGCUGUGAGAAUGAAGAGGUUUCAGGAGACUGCUCCGGAAGACCAUUGUUUCUCAAUAAUAUUUAAACAUCCUCGUUUUGUCUGUAAAUCACUGGAUUUUAUAGCAUUUGAUAAAACUAAAGCUUUAGAAUGGGUAGAAGAAUUACGUUUAUUAUUAAAUAAUAAAGAAAAUGGAAGAGGAGGAAAAGAAGAAGAAGAAAAUUUUUCAAAAAAUAAUUUUAAUGAAAAUUGGUGGCUAUUAAAAAAUUUUAAAAAUGCUGAUUUGGAUAAAAAUGGAAAAAUUGGUUUUAAUGAAUUAUGGAAAUUACUUAAACGGUUAAAUUUACAAUUGAGUGAACUUUAUGUUAAAGCGCUGUUUAAGGAAACUUUAGAAAGAAACGGACAACAACAACAAAACCAAGCUUUAGACCAAAAAGAAUUUUUACAUUUGUUUUCUGUUUUGACAGACUUGCCUGAAUAUAAAAAUGCCCUUAGAUUGGCUAAUGAUGAAGGGAAUGAUUGGUUGGAUGCAAAUUCACUUUUAAAAUUUUUGAGGGAAGAACAAGAGGUUUGUUGA